UUCAGUCGUUUUAAAACUGGCCGCGAACGAGUACCCACGCCCACUUCCGCCUCUUCAGAUAUCGCGCUCGCCGCUGAGCUUACGCCUACUCUAGAGUGUUCGCCAUGUCUGCUGACGCUUGGACGGCGAACGCCAACGAGACGCUCUCGAUAUCGCUAGUCGCCCCCGCGACCGGCGACAUGAGCGGGCUCAAGACUAUCGCCACUUUUAAUCCUAGGUUUACAUACCCAGUCUUUGGCGAUGACGAGGCCAUCUUUGGCUACCAGAACCUCAAGAUUGACCUCCGCUACGGCGCGAGCGAUAUGCGGCCCAACCUUGCCAUCUCAUACAGCAAGAAGUUCAAGGCGAUAGGCGAGACGAAGGCGGCCGAUAUUGAGGAGGCCCUGCGCGACUUCCUCCCCGAGGUAGCCUUUCAGAAACAACGCGACUUUGAUACGGCAGUCAAGCGGCUCCGCGACAACUGGACUCCCCCGGGCGAGCUAGUGACGACGUUUGCCAGUAGGGCUGCGACGUAUGAAGUCUGGAAAUCUAAUCUUGCCGAUCAGGCCGUAAAGCAGCUUGUCUCGCGUAUCCAGAUUCUUGUGCCCCUUUUCAUUGAAGGCGGUACGGCUAUCGACGUUGAUGACCCAGAUGCUGAUCGGUGGACGGUAUUUUUCCUCUACCAAAAGGCCCCGGUAGUUGGCAAGCCCGGCGCAUUCUCUUAUCUGUUUGCAGGCUAUAGCACUGUAUAUCGCUUCUUCUUGUUCCGGCCGCUCACGCCUCCUGCGUCUCCGUCCGAGAAGGACGCGACUCAGCACAAAGCUGAGGAAGAGUUGGCUCUGGGCAAGGACGACUUUGAUCUACUGCAGCUCCCUUGCCGGACCCGCAUCUCCCAGUUUCUCGUCAUCCCGCCCUUCCAGCACAAGGGCCUGGGGCCGCAGCUCUACAGCAUCAUCUACCAAGAAUAUCUCAAGCACCCCCAGACACUUGAAAUCACUGUGGAGGAUCCAAACGAGGCUUUUGACGACAUGCGGGAUGUCGCGGAUCUUCGCUUCCUGCGGCAGACCCUAGAGUUCAGCGCGCUGCACAUCAACACUAGCAUUGUCGUCCCCAAACACGGCCCCGCACCAGCCAACAUUGUCGACAAGGACGCUUCGGAGGCAGUGCGGAGGAAGUACAAGAUCGCGCCGCGGCAGUUCUACCGGGUCCUGGAGAUGCACCUCAUGUCGAAGCUGUCCGACGCCGUGCGGCCGGGGAUCUUCCCCGAGAAGUCGACAGCCCGGGCGACGAAGCAGGACGAGCACAGAUACAAGCUAUGGAGGCUGAUGGUCAAAAAGCGCCUAUACAUCCACAACAAGGACGAGCUCGGCCAGAUCGAGGUCCCCGAGCGCAUCGAGAAGCUCAAUGAGACCGUCUCCGGCGUCGAGUUCGACUUUGCGCGGCUGGUAGCCAAGGCCGAGGCCCAGCCGGAGGCUUCGGCCGUCUCCAAUGGAAAACGGAAAAUAGGUAAUUUAGACACGAGCAUGAACGGAGGCACGGGCAUGGGCGUGAGCGUGGGCAUGUAGCACGAGUAUGGACAGCCUGGACUUGUUGCAACCAGCUUGUUGUACGACUCGGGUCUGGGCCAGAGCAAAAGCAGGAGUCCGCAUGGUCUCCAUACAUGAGGAAGUAAACUGUCGCCAUGGACAUCGUGUCCAUUGCUGCCUUUGGUUUGUUUGCGCUAAUACCUUUAUGAGCCUGUCUGGCUUGGAGAUGGAGCAUGGACAAGCAGGUGGGAAAUGAGCAUUGAUCUUUUUUAGUGUCUUACGGGGGGGGGGGAGGUCUUUGUUGUUUGGUUCUUUAUAGGGGU